AUGGAAGCUUCUGAUGCGUUUUCUUCCGCAAAAAGCCGUGCAUUCUCUUCAUCAGACGAAGAAGUAUUGCCUGAUAUAAUUUCAGCCUCAAUAACGCCAAUAUUAGACUCACAGCAGCUUUAUAAAGGUAGACAUACGCGUGCGUUCUCACCUGCUUCUACCUCGCUUUUGGACACUGUAGGCGCUGAUCUAUUAAUGAAAUUGAUCCCUAUCUAUUGGCAUGGACCUGCAAGCAAGAAAGGUGAUUGGUUACCACGCUGGGAUGACGUAUAUUUGAGUUUAGAUGGUGUAACGCUUCGUGUCUUCGAGUCAAGAGGACGAUUUGUGGAGACGCAGGAGUUACAAGACCAAUUACAAAGAGAAGAUGAUACCAAGUCAUCUGUGAUUGAUAAGAAACAUAUCUAUACAGUACAAGCUGUGGACAAGGAGAAUGUCGGACGUCCUCAUGGUUUUUAUGUCAAGACUACGGAGAGAAACAAACUGUUACAUUUUGUGGUGAACAGUGAGCUAGAGAGAGUAUUGUGGAUUCAUUUGCUAGGUGCAGCAGUCAAGCAGGUGAAAAAAUUGCUGCCAAGGGCACAAAAACGACUGAAAGCAGCAGGCUCAAGCUUUGAAAACUCUUUGAGGAAGACACUGGCACAUGCACCUUUGUCUACGCCACAAAGAGCAAGAAUACAAGCUUUGACAUUGCUAGGAACGCCAGUGUGUGUGGAUUUGAACAUAUUUUACGACGCAUGGGGACGCAUUCAGGCGCGAAAAGGCAAUUUUGCAUUGCUCAUGCCGAGUUUCCACCCGAAUAUCACAUUAACGUCAAAUUACCCACCGACCGUUCCGAUAGCAGGUGAAUAUCAUGGACUUUCAGGCAUCUUGGUUUUUUUCGCGAAUUUUCAUAGCUCGAUAGAUGUGUUUCACUAUGGUCUCGAGCAUGUGGCACGGCAAGGAGAUCUUGCUGUGGUCUCUGGUCGCGAGACUAUUCGAAGUACGAAGAGUGGAAAACGCUUUCGACAUUUGUGGAAACAUGAAUUGCGGUUUGAAGCUGACGGUCGUAUCAGCCACAUUAAUCUUUUGGCGGACAAGACCGCAGCAGCUGUAGCAUUUGUUAAUAGCGGGAAAAGUGGAGCAGGUUCAGUAGCCGGUGAAGCGCGUGGACCAACGUUGGCUGCACUUCCACGUGAGCGCGAACGGCAAGCUAGUACUUGUCCUCCAGGUGAGAUUCGUGUAGUAUGUAUAUCUGGCGAGAAGUUUCGGAAUCGAAAGCCUCUAACUGGUACAGGUAGCGGAUAUAAGGUGAUUAUCGGUCUAAACGAAUUUCCGCAUCUCACGACAAGAAAGAUUUCAGGUACGAAUCGUACUGGCAGAAGUAGCAGUAGGGAUGUGACGACCACAAAUAGCGAUGGAUUGAGUCGCGUUGGCUCGUGGAAAUCGUACUCAACUCGCGUUGUAAAGUGCAGUAGAGGGAAAGGACCGUUGUGGGCCGAGACACUGUACCUUGAGUUUUCUGGAGCUGUGCCUGGUUCGACAGCCACUUUAUGCGUUGACGUGUGGCGUAUCAGUAUGAUUAGUGAUGAGCUUAUUGGUUGCGCCAAAGUAAACUUGGCGGAAUAUUUGGGCUCGUCAGAGGGGUCAGAAGAGAAAAUUGCAUCUGUGUCUGUACCGAAGUGGUUCGACAUCUACAGAGCUGAGAGUUUUGAAAAGAGUAUACGAGGGAAUGAUCGUGAAAGCUGUGGGCGUCUAGAGCUUAGCAUUAGCUUUGCCCCCUGUACGGAGGAAAAUGAUUUAAUGUGUGAAAAUGAUGAUGUGUGCAUGAGCGAGGAUGGAAAACAAUCGGAUUUAUCAACUGGUGGAAGUUCUUCCAUUCCAUGCGUGCGGACGCCAAAAAAUCGCAACAGUUUUGACAGGCUACGGGAGCUACACAAGGAGACUGUUCAAAACCAGCGGGUCUUCGAGCGUUAUUCGCUCGCAGGGAGUGAUGUACUUGGCGGUUUCGAGCUGGUGGAAACAACGGAUGGUGGCGAUAGCCAGGACAAGAAAAGUUCGCCAGAAGACGAAGAAAUGCACUCAUUCACGGUGGCUUCUACCAAGUUCCGUGUGCACAGGCGUUAUCAGCUAAUUCGUGCGAUAGGCCAUGGCGCAUACGGAGUAGUGAUCGCAGCAAGUGACCAAAUUACAGGAAACUCAGUCGCGAUCAAAAAUAUACCGCGUACUUUCGAUGAUCUCGUAGAUGCAAAGCGCAUUGUGCGCGAAAUUCGGCUGAUGAGGCAUUUGCGCCAUCCGCAUGUUGUAUCGAUACUAGAUAUAAUGCGUCCUCAAUCGCUUGCCCAUUUUGAAGACACGUACAUCAUUACAGAUCUCAUGGAGACUGAUUUGCACCGAGUCAUAAACUCGGCUGAAGCUUUAUCGAGUGAUCAUGUAGCUUUCAUCACGUAUCAAAUAUUGUGCGGGUUGCGCUACGCUCACUCGGCACAUAUUAUUCACCGUGACGUCAAACCAUCAAAUAUUUUGGUCAAUCGCGAUUGUCUAGUCAAGUUGUGCGAUUUUGGUCUUGCACGAGGUAUUGAUAUCCGCAGUGUCACACCAAGCAGUGUUGAUGGGAGCAAUACGCCGACAAACAGUCAAGAUGGGGAUUCUGCACUAGACGAAGCAUUGACAGAAUACGUGGUGACCCGUUGGUAUCGCGCGCCUGAGCUUUUGCUUGCGAGUCGAUACUCUACAGCGAUUGAUGUCUGGGCGGUGGGUUGUAUCCUUGCUGAGAUGUUUACACGCAAAGCUCUCUUUCCGGGUCACGAUCACGUGCAUCAAUUGCAGUUGAUCCUGCAGCUCGUAGGAAGUCCACCGGCAGACGAUAUGGAGUUUGUCACCAACACGAAGGCCAAACGAUGGAUGGCGCGUCAACAGCCGCAGGAGGCUAAACCGCUUAUUUCGGUUUGUCCUAAUGCCCCAACCGAGGCACUGGAUCUGAUGAAGAAGCUGCUGGAGUUUGACCCUCGUAAGCGAAUUUCAGUAGACGACGCGAUCGCUCAUCCGUUUCUUGCACCGUGUCGUGUUGAUGGUUUAGAAAUGGGCUCGGAGGGACUAGCAGAGAAUGCGUUUGACUUUUCGUUUGAGCGGGAUAACAAGGACAAUAUGGACAAGAAUACAUUACGUCGCCUCAUUUUUGAAGACGUGUGCUAUUUUCACCCGGAGGCUACUGCUGAGUUGGAACAAUUUACACAGGAGCAGAAACGAUUAAGGCGUUUAGAGGAGGAACAACGGAAGAAAGACGAAUAUACUCAAGCCAAAGUGGUAGCAAGUCGAGCAGGAAAAAGCUGGGUGGUAAGCGUCUAG